AUGUCGGGUUGGUCUUGGUCGCCUAGACAGGCCAUGCUACAAAUGAGCCAGCCAGAGAUGAGUCACCAACCGCGUCCUACUAUUCCGCCACAGAGCCUACCAAGCAUGCCAGCUCUCAACCUACCUCAUCCACCUGUUCCAAACCCAGCCCUGCCCGUCUAUAACCAUCAGCCUGUCUAUAGCAAGCCUAGUGCUCUACCUGCUUCUAACAACCCUGUGCCUCCUCCUGUUCCUGUUCCUGUUCCUGUUCCUGGUCCCAUCCCCAAUAACUCAACUUCUCCUGCCUACUACAACCCACCACCACCAUUUGUUCCGCACUCAUCCGGGGCUCAAGCACCAGGCGGUCCACCUUCACUUGUGAAUAUCUCAUCCAUGGCAAGAGGAAACCCUUCUAGAGCACCGCCAAUCCCGGCUCCAGCUCCAGCUCCAGCUGCGACAACCACAAGCUCUAGGAAGCGCAAGUCUGAUGUUGGUCCCGACAACGCCCAAGAGAAUCUUUUCCCAGACAAUGUGCCGGAUAUAGACAGCGAAGAUGAACGCCUAGCUCUUCAUGACUCAGACACUUGCAAUGCUAUUCGUCGUAAGAUUCGUAACUGGAUCGAUUCAGGCGCUCAAAAAGUUGGCGAGUUUCAGAAAACCAUUGGAGUUAGUGGCAAAUCCUACAAUAGCUUUAUGAACCGAACUGGCACAUGGGAUGGCGAGAACACCGAUACAUACAUCAAAGCCCACCUCUUCUUCAAAAAGCGCGAGCUUCAGGGGCUCCCCCUCAAGACCAACAAACCCAAGAAAGCAAAGACAGCCGCUUCCGCCAAGGCCCUCGAAGAAGUUCUUGAUGUGAGCAACGUUGACCCCCUUCCUGGUGAGGCAGACGGAACAGUUCCCGUUUACGACACCUGCGGCGAGAUCCGCAAGAAGAUUCGGCCUAUCUUAGCCAAGGAGGGAAUGACUCAAGCAGCUUUCAUCCGCGCUCUCAAUAAGAACCUGCCUGAUGGGAAAAGCGUAUCUCCGGCCAACAUGCGGUACUUCAUGGGCCGAAAGGGAGUCCGCGAUGGCAAUACCAACAUCACAUUCUAUGCAGCUUAUGUUUUCUUCGAAAAGAAGCGUAUUCAGGCUGGCAAGCCCAAGACUCAAUUCCGCCAAAAGAUGGAGAAGGCAUGGGGCAACAAAGGUUUUGAUACUGAGCAUGGGGCCAACCAACAGUACACUUGUUUUGCUGGUGAAGAGCCAGUAGUGGAUGAGUUUGGCAAAAUUGACUUUGUUGUGACAGGACGACGGAGGUGA